AUGAAACUCACGUCCGCCCUUGUGCUCUCGUUCAUCGCUAGUGCUCAAGCAGCAACAACUCAUUCAACCUUGAUCCUACCCAGCGGAGUCCCAGGAUCAGGUUCCACGCUUUCCUCUCUCUUCUCUUCCCAGUCAGCAUCUCUGCAGAGCGUGUUUUCAUCCCUCAGCACUGCCAACCCUAGUGACACAUUUACUUCCAUACCUACUUCCAUCAGCACAAUUUCUCCCACCAUAGCGCCGACGUCUCCUUCGUCCAGCGGGUCUCCAUCGAGUACGACGAGCGCACCAGCUACGACAACCUCUAGCGCUGCAGGACGAACAGAAGUGGGGUUGGGAUUGGGGUUGGGUGCGGGAGCUGCUGCGGGCUUACUUGGGUUCUUUUUCUAA